UGUAUGUUGUAUGUUUGACAAGACACAGUGGCGAACAUUUGAUGAGUGUCAUUCGUUAUAAAGGAUAACGUGGGAGAUUGUAAAUAUUGGUUUAUGAAAUAUAUCUUGUCGACGUGUCGUCAUCUGAAGAUCAUACAUCUUGUUUACUUGAAGCAUAUAUUAUAUUUUUAAUUACAACGAUCUAACCUAGACAAGAGUCGAUCAACACGAAAUGACAUUAUCAUAGAUAUCUAUAAAAUGGCAGACGUCAGAUUACUCAUCCAGGAAGAAGGUCGUGCAGCCAGAAACUUAGUAGCUUUUAAUGUACCUGUUGGUACAAAUAAUAUAGAGAAAAUUACAAAAAAGCCACCCAGUGUGCCAAGACAGAUUCAAUCAGGUACAACAAAGCGAUCCAUGAAACCAACUACAAGAGUGAGAUCUGCUUCUACAGGUCGUGAUAAGAAAUCUGAAUUACAGGCACGAUAUUGGGCAUUUCUAUUUGGAAAUUUACAAAGAGCAGUUGACGGUAUUUAUCAAACAUGUGAAGAAGAUGAAAAUAUUUCUGAAUGUAAAGAAGUUAUUUUAGUGCUAGAAAAUUAUACCCGAGACUUUCAUAACUUGAUAGAAUGGUUCAAAGUUAAGUGGGCUUAUGAAAAUUCGUCACCACCAUUAAGACGAACUCCUUUGGCUUGGGAAGUUAGAAAAACUUCUCCUUGUCGUAUAUGGAAUUCAAUAGUUCCAAAAUGUACUAGUCCUUUGCAAAGAAUAAGCCCAACAGAAUUUUCUUGCAAGAGUCCAAUUGAUCAAACCAUAUGUGAAAAUAAAAUUACUAUUGUAACAGACAAUAAAGUUAAUCAUGUAAAAGAAGAAUUUGUUCAUAAAUUAUUGAAAGAUAAUAAAAAUAAUGUUUGCAAAAAUUGUUCUUCUGAUAUUAAAGAAAAACGUAAAAAUGGAAUAGAUAAGAUUGGGAAUCAAACAACGAAUAAAGAAAAAUCCGCAUCAACAAAAGCAGUUAAAGUAUUUAUGAAACAACCUGUGCAAUCAAAAGCCAAUAGUUUUGCAGAUCGUAAGACGUUAAAUGAAGGUGCUACAUGCGAUUCUAGAAAUAAGGUGGAUGUUAAAAAUGUUUCUAAACAAACAAAGGACUGUUUGCACAGUAAUAUUAUAAAGCUAGCCGAUUCUAAUUUAUCUGCAGAAAAACGAGAACCAUGUAAAAGUAAUAAGGAUGUUCAGACUUCAUGUAGUAACUGUGAAGUUAUGCAAAAAGAAAGUAAUGGUGUGAAUAUUAGAGACAAUAAGACAGAUGGAAAAAAUGCAGAUAGCAAAUUAUCAUGUAAUAAAAGUAACAUUGGAUUGGGAAAGCAUGAAACUAAUGCCAAAGUUAAGAAAGAUAAUAUUAAAAAACGUGAAAACAAUCAUAUUAAUACUGAAAAAAUAAAUAUGAAAAUACCCAUGACUCAAAAUACUUCAGAAAAAAUUAAUCAAGUUAAUCAUCAAAUAAGUAAACAUUCCCAUGAAAUUGCCGAUAAAUCGAAUAAUAAGGAUAUUCGAAACACAUCAACUAGCUCUGUAUUAAUCAAUGCAAAUAGACCUGCUUACUCAACUGUGUCGCAAACCAAAUCUAAAAUACAAUCAUCAACUUCAAGCGAAACUCCAAAGUUUAUUAGAAGUAAGACUUGUUUAAGUGACAAGAAUUUAUCUACUUCAAAUAAAAGAAGGCCUGGAACGUCUGUUAUUGUGAGAGAACGAUUUCAAAUUCCUGAAAACAAGUUAUCUGAACAAAAUGUCUUUAAAAAAGAUCAAACUAGAGAAAUGAAUGGAUCAGUAGAAGUUUUAACCAAACAAACAACACCUCCAAAGACAAAAGAUGAAAGUGAUGGCUGGCAAACAGUUAGGAACCGUUGUAGAAGAGGAAGCACUCAUAAUUUGAAUAUGUCUACGCGCUUUCAUAAACCAAGCACUGCUUUAUCGUUGCCAGCUUUGUCAAUAGAAAGUCCAUCAGAGAAGAUAAAGAAGACUAGUUACACACCUGAUGGAAACAACAGGCAAAGGAAAAAAUGCUUUGUAGGAAAAACUGGCAAAAACAUGAAUAAUGAAGUUGAAAAAGUAAAGGGAGAAUUUAUGACAUCUACAAUUAAGAGUAAUCUCGAAGAUACACUAAAAAAGAAUACUUUAAAUUUGUGCGACAAUUCAACGUCAAUGAUUGCAGCUAUCUUUAAGAAUGAUGCAGAGUUACUCGAGAAACGCAUACAACAAUUCAUGGCUGCUCAGGCAGAAAGAGAAAGAAUUAUUUUAGAAGAAGAAAGGAAGACGGAAGAAGCAGAUUCUCAAAGAUCUCAGCAGUUGUCGGACGAAGAGGCAUUCUUGCAACGGCAAAUUAUGGAAUUAGAAUCUACUGAGAUCGACAUUGAUACGGAAACGGACGAGACAGAUGGUGAAAUGGUUCUUGAAAUGGAAGAUGAGCCUACAGAGUUACUUAGUAGUGUGACUGAUGAUAUUAGUUUAGAGGAUAGGUACGAAAAUAUGUUGGAGGGAAUGUCUUGGGCGGAACGGGUUGAUACUCUUGCACAAUUGCGUGCAUUAGUAGCUCGCCAUCCGGGGCGUGCUUUAGAAUUGCAUCAGAAACUUUCGUCUCCGUCGCGAAAAAGAUCGCUCCCCGAAACAUUAAGAAGAUAUCAAGCAAAACAAGCUUGCGCGCAAGAUAAACGUAAAAAACUAUUAAUGGAGAAGUCGCAACGAUUGCGAGAGUUAUUGAACAAAGUGGAAGACGUCAAAAGCGCAAAAAAUCAAUUAAUAGAAGACAAACGAAUCAGGAUGGAAAUGAGACUUAAAAGGGCAGAAGAAAAUAGAACGCAACAUUUAUUAGAAAUAGUGAGGAAAGCACAUGAUGAAGACUCAAAAUUAAAAGAAAUAGCUUUUAUCAAUGAACUUGAAGCGCAAAAUAAGAGGCAUGAUUUUAUGGCAUUAUGUCAAGAACAGGAAGAAAGAUUACAGGGAAUUCAAGAAGAACGUCAACGUCGACAGGAAGAAAAAGCUGCUAAAGAGGCCGCAGCCGAAGAACGUCGAAGAGCUUUGGAAGCAGAGCGGCAGCUAAGAAUACAAAAAAUGAAACAAGCGCGACGAGAACGCGAGGAGAGAGUUGGUAAAAUGCAACUUGAAAGAGAAAAAGAACGGCAGGAAUUAGCGAGGGAAAAGGCACGAGAUCGUGAAGAACGCUUAUCGGCACUUCACGCGGCUCAACUAGCUAAUCAGGAAGAGUUGCAGAAGAAAAUAGCGCAGAAGCAGCAAGAAUCCGCUAGACGGCAUGUGGAAAAUAUUGAGCACAUUCGGCAACGUGCUGUUGAAUCUUCAAUCUUAAGAUCGGAAGAAGUGUCACCCACUCUUAAAUCUUAUCCCGCUCAGAAGCAGUGUUCCUUAUGCGGCACAAUUAUAUCUAACGAAGUGCACCUUUUAAGUCACUUGAAAGGGAAAGCGCAUCUUGAAGCGGUACGAAAUGCGCACGACAACCGCGAGCCAUCGCGAGACGAACUCCAACGUUUUAAUAUUGCACAAAUACGGGAUGUCCCGGUCACUGUCAUCAAUAAUAACAACGCAAACAGCAGCAAGGCCGCGAGAGAAAAGCAAAAAGCGUUAAAGCGCCGAUGUAGGAAGAUAAAACAACGCAUCAGCUUACGUGGGCAAGAAUGGGAGGAUAAAUGUAAAAAUGAAAGUAAUCAGAAUUUAUCCAUCGAAUCGGCCAAUAAAGUCAAAUUUCGACGCAAUUUAAAAGAGUUAGAUAGAUUGUACAAUAAUCAUUCCAAAUCUGCAUGGUCGACUAUAUCACUUGCUGCCUUGGAGCGCUGUUUGGGUGAAAUUACUCGAGCCUUCUCCAAAUCCUGUCCAUUUGAUCAAGAUGUUUUCAGAUACUUGAAUGGAUUUGACACUUUAACGAAUUUAUUGAACUUAGGCUUGAAUGCACAAAAUACAUCAUAUAAUUUAUCAAAUAAAGCACUUAUAUCACUGUGUCGAGUUUAUAAAGCAAGCCUCAAUGAAAAUAUCGAGAAUACAGAAGCCAUUCUAUUAAGCAACAAAAUCCUCGUUAUUUUGGAUUUACUUUUACAACGUCUAGAGACUCUGACUAGUCUCGACGACCACGCACAGACUCAGGAUGUAUCCGCCAAUUCAACCGGAAAUGGAAUGGUAGCCGCCAGCGCGACGCAGUUGCUGUGCAGCCUGAUCCCUGAAGAGCUUUUUGAGAAAACAGUCUUGCAGACUCGCGUUCAAGAUAUUGCCGGAUAUCUGGUAGCCGGCGGCUUAGUGGAUCGCGUGUCACGCCACAGCCGGGCCCUGAUCGAGACGGAUUUCUUUCUGGAUCAGGAGCACGAGUCGCCGUUGCUGGUAUCGUCUUACGAUCUCAUCGCGCGUAUCUGCGGUCAUCUGAGGCGGUCUGCCGAUCAAGAUAAUGUCAACGUGCACGGCGAGGGCGGCGGCGGCAGUAACGUCGAGCAAACAAGCAACGAGUCGCACUUGCUGUCGACUUUAUCGUCGAGCGAGGCCUCAGGCGCGAUCGGCGCCCUUUACGCGGCGGUCGCAUUCACGCCGCAGAAUCAGAAAGGUGGUACCUCGCCGACGCCUAAUCACACAUUCACGACCGCCGUAAGGACAUUGGCUAGCCGCGGUCUCAAGCUCCUCAAGUCGAUCGCGGAACUCGAUCUUCGGACACUACAGAGCUUCUUGGGCGCCGAAGGUACAAGUCUGCAAUGGCGAUUGAUAGCGAGUCACCUGAUAACCCGGCUAUCUCGCGAUUCUUUAUCGGACAAAUUGGAAGUGGGAUCUAUGGCGGAUACAAGCGGCAUUCACAUUCUUUCGGAGCUGUUUAUGGUGCUUGGCUACUUCGCCCUCAACAAUUCAGAUAAUCAGCUGGUUCUUCAAUCAGCUGGCGCGGGUCCUAGCGUUCUCCAGCAGUUAUGUACUCUACCGUUCCCCUUUUAUGGAGAUCCCAGAUUGUUACCGUACACUUUGCCGGCACUUCUGACCGCUACGCAUAAUAAUUCCGAGGCAAUGGCGAUAUUGUCUUGUGAGAUGUCGUAUGAGUUGCUGGAGCAGUACAGAAAUUCCGAGGAAGGUAAAUUGAAUCCUUUAGUGCAUUUGCUGAAGGAUAACGCCUAGUCUGCCUCACGUUUUCCGCCCUAAAGGUUUGAUUAGCUUAAUUCCAUUUCUUAGAAUUCUCAUUACAGGCGACUCUCGUAAUCCGCGCGUAUCCAAAUCAUUGGUAUAUCAUUGUCAAUUUACAAUCGUCUGUUUAAUGAGAUACGGAAAAAAGCGUAAGGAGAACAUUUAAAGAUAAGAUUGCAUUUAAUACGUAGUUAAUUUAAUUUAAAAAUUCGUAGCCGCUUUUGUCUAUCGCAUAAUUAGAUAUACUACACAAUCCCGAUAACAGAAACUCUCCGUUAAGUAAGUAAUACGUCGAAUACUAGUGAUUCUUCAAGUCCAGGAAUAAAACUCGAUUUGCAGAGAUAAAGUUAAAUUUACUCGGAAGUUAACGCGAACGAAAGAAAAUAGCACGAACGUUAAUUUAGACCGUUUUACUUCCCAAACCUUGGUGCAACCUAUUUAUGGCUGCAACGUACUGAUGAGACACGCAUGAUAUUCCGUUUUAUAGGCUUGCAAUCUACAUCGAACUUUUCUACAGAGGGUUCUAGAAUCUCUGGAUUUUAUAAUUAGCGAAUAUAAUAAAUAUUUUAAUACAUCAUGUGCAUGUUUCACUAGUAUUAUUAGCGAAAAAUUUUAUAGAACUUUGGAUUUUUGGGGAAUUUGUAAAAUAUUGAUUUAAACAGCGCUUCUCUUGUCGGAAUUAAAAAAAAAAAAAAAAAAAAACAUUUUCCGAAAAGAUAGGAAAAAUAAGAAAUACAAUUAUUAAUAUAUACUUUCGAUUAAUUGCUCGCGGUGAAUGACGUCGCGUUUUGCUUUGUUGAACGUAACGUGUGGAAUAAUUUAUUCCUGCACGUCAGUAACGACUUACGAUCGAAGUUACCUGUCACUUCGGUGUACGGAUGAUGACAUUAAAUGUCACGAUAUCUUCUCCCUUCAAGUUUAAAUUAAAUAGGCGUAUACAUGAAAUUAUCGCAUCGCACUUCGUGAAUUGUCGUUCUGAAUAAUUUAUAUUUUUACAUAUAUUCUAGUAAACAAGCAAAGAUACAAAUUUAAAAAGGAUUGUCUUUUAAAAGGACUCGACGCGAGAAAACAAUGCGCGCGGAUAUGAUUGUUUUCGGAGAUAUCGUUUCGAUUAAUCAAUUUAAAGAGAUGAAAUGAAAAGAUUAUUAAGAAAUUAAUUUCGCGAUAUUAUUUUGGGAUGAUUAUACGCGUAUUACGGAAGAUAUAAUCGAAAUACACGGACUAUCUGUGAAUCUAGUCUAAUUUUAGUAGAUUCUAUAUAUAUAUAUAUAUAUAUUUGCAAUCGUCACACUAUGUGCGUAUCUCUACUCUAUUUUUUACUACCGUCCUCUCCCCCUCGUUUCCACACGUGCCAAUCCUAUCGUGCAAAAAAUGUGUCUUCAAACUGGGCCUUUUUCGCAUAGUAACCGUCGCGUGGUGCGGCCCGAUAAACGGAGAAAGAUGCGUACGUUAAUCACGUGAACUGUGUACCGGAGUAUAAUAAUAUUUAUCUCUGAUCUUUCUUUUUCGAGAAUCAAGUCUAUACCAUUAUUUUAAAAUAAUAUCUCUUGAAAACUUGAAGAAUUUUUAUAGCUAGGCUAUAGGCAAAAUUUUGAAGAAUAUUAUUUUAUAUUAAUUCAAGAGAACGAUGUUGAUUAUAUUAUUUAUUUAUCUCAAGCGCAAUCGUUAUACGAAUCGCGAUAAAUAUUGGUCUUAGAAGGUACGAGUUUUCGUGAUUACAACAGAUGCAUUCGUGCAAUGUCCUGUCAAUGCAAUUGAUAUUUAAGUACUGCACUGUUAAAUAGAGUAUGAAAAAAUUUAUAAAUUUAUUAGUAGUUUGUGGGGCAAUAUUUUCUAUCAAAUUUGUAUUUCGUAAAAACAUGUAUUUGAUUGAAGACGCGAUUGAGUACGCGUUCGUCGUAAGUUUCGAAUUUCCGAACUAAAUAUCUCAAGAAUUUCUCGCGUAAAUCGAACAUGUUUUUGAAUUAGAAUAGAAUUUAUUCAUCUACACGAAACUUUAUAAUCCUAAAUAUAUUAAUAAAUGUAAUUGUGUAACGAGAUGUUUCACAACAAAAAUAAAUGUCUUCUUGCGGAAUUUGAUGGAAAAUAUUGUCUUGCUCAUUAUCGAUUUUUCGAGUGUACAGACACACGCAUACAUGUAGCAAAUAUUUAAUAUCCAGCAAAUAUUUAACAAUUUGAGUCGGACGAAAAAUUCGAGAAUCAUAAAUAUCUCGUGCGUUCGACUUUAAAUAAAAUAUAUAUUUAAUAAUAGUAAUAUAUAUAUAUAUAUAUAUAUAUAUAUAUAUAUAUAUAUAAAAUAUUAUUUAUUAGAAUCUCUCUUUUGCGAAAAUUUCCUCAUUCGAAUAAACUCAGUUUUACUUAAGAGAGGGAAUAAUCUCGGCGAAGCUUUCCCGCAAGCUAAUCGAUAUCGUAUAGAUAUAGUAGAUUAGUAAUUGAGAAUGAAUCGCAAUGUUUAAUGAACUAAUUUAGUGGCGUAGCUUUUUUGUCGAACGCUGACUUUGCGAGAGCGCUCGGCUCGCAGCGUUAUAAGAAACAGAAGCGAUAUUUUUCUACCAUAGUUUGUAUAAAAAUGCGCAUAUGUAAUUCGAUUGGAAAUGAUCCUUUAUUAAAUUAAUAAAUGC